UGCCUUAGAUCAGCCUUAAAUUAGUAUAAACAUCCACAUAUAAAAAUUUGAAUACGAUUACAUUAUCAAAAACAUCUCAAGCGAAUAGUUUCACAUGAAAUAUCCCCAUGGAAAAAAAAAAUCAGUUACAGAUACUCGGAAUAUCUGUUGGCUAGCCGUACCAUUGUAAUUCAAGUGAUUUACAUGCUAUUGCAUCAUACAAUUUUCCCCCUUUCGUACGAGUAUGGAAAUCGUACAGGUCCAGCCAAGCCUUUGGCUCAGGCACAACGGCAGCCAAUCAUGACUUGGCCAAAAAGCAAAGGGCGGCCAGAAAACAGGCACAUUGAAAAUGCCAGUGCCGCCGGUGGCAAUAUCAAGUCCAAAACUUACAUCACCAAGGGGCAAGCGGUGCAACAAGAGCGGCGUCACUGCCGGUUAUCCAAUUAAAAGCAAAGAUCAGGGAUCUUUUUGCCACCAAACUGGGACGAAACGAACGAACCAACUAGCCACCGAAUGACGAUUGGCAAAAGCAGAGAUUUUUUACCUCCACGCAGCACGCGACAUCUAGGAAAUGACUGGCCACAUGACAACCCAACUGCAACUGCAACUGCAAAAGAGAAAUAGAAACUGCCACAGACGGAGUCGUAGUCGGAGUCGGAGUCAGAGACUGAAAGACAGAGCCAACAGUCAGCUGACUUGGCCAACAAGUUGUCCCGGCACUGGUACUGGGACUGAGACUGGGACUGGGAGAGCAGUGAAAAGCCGGUCAUUUAGGCGUGGACUGGACUGGGGAGAGCUCUUGGGGGAACAUGCGUGUGGCUGUGUGUGUGUGCCUGCCCCGUCGCCUUAUCUGGUCGGUGGCCAUUGUCGUGGGUAUCUCAAUGCUGAUCGAGGGACGUCCCCAGCCUCAACGGGAUCUCGCACACAUUGCCGUCGUGGAGAAUGCCGCCUGGGAGCAGACCCUUCCACAACAGUUCCAGAAUCCCUUCUACAAGACACCCAGAGUCCGGGAUGCUUUGGCCAGAUCCAGUUGGUUUGGUCCUGGCGAAGAGGUGGUCUAUGAUCGUCAGGCUGAGAAAAUUCCACGCAUGGAAAUUUACAAUGUGUUAUCUCAUGCCGGUCUGAUACCACGCCGGCGUUUCUUUUAAAUAUUUUGCAUUUAUCAAAUUAUGUUAUGUACACCAUAUGAAAAUAAACAAUCGCAGUCAUUAGUUUAGGAACAAAACGGACACAAAAUUUGA